UAUCAUAAAUUUCAAAGGAAAACAACAGAUGUGCAAACUCGCUGGAAAAGUGUCACUAAACUGAAUUAUUUAAUUACGAUAUCUCGGCAGGAAGUAACCCAAUCGCAGAGAAAAUUGACCAAGAAGUGAGCCUCUAGAUAGCUCACUCGUUACUGCUAGGGAUUUGUGCGUCAGACCAGUUCCAGGAAUUCAGGAACGCUGCACUGCAGGAUUCUUUUUUGAUGACACCUGCCCGAAAUGUCCGUCCGUAAUCCAACUACGCUGAUGUCCAUCAGCAACGAGGAAAGCUUCGAUUUCCUGUUCAAAAUCGUUUUGAUCGGAGACUGUGGGACUGGCAAAACCUGCAUUGUGCAACGUUUCAAAUCCGGAAAUUUUAUCGAAAGUCAUGGUAACACCAUUGGAGUGGACUUUUCGAUGAAAGCAGUCACCGUAGAUGGGAAAAAAGUCAAGCUUCAAAUUUGGGACACUGCCGGUCAAGAACGCUUCAGGACCAUAACACAAAGUUACUACCGAUCGGCGAAUGGUGUUAUCAUAGUUUAUGAUAUCACUAAGCGAUCGUCGUUUUUAAACCUGCAACGAUGGAUCGAUGAAGUGCGUCGUUACACCGCCUCCAAUGUGAUGAUUUUUGUGAUAGGCAACAAGUGCGAUCUGGACGCGAUACGGGAGGUGGAAUUUGCCGAAGCGCAAACCAUGUGCCAAUACAUACCGGAGAUUAUGUUUGUGAUGGAAACAUCGGCCAAGGACAAUCGGAACAUUGAGGAUGCCUUCAUGACGUUAGCCACUGAGCUGAAGAGGCGGCAUGAUAAUAUUAGCGCCGACGAUGACAUCGAGGGGAUCACACUGGGGCAAAGUAUGUCCCUAUCGGUUAGUAACUGUAGCCUAUGUAGUAGAACGUAAAGUCGUUGAGUCCUACUGUCGUAUUUACUUAUGAUGAUCCAUAAAGGUAGGUUUGUUUUUAUGUAUAUACAACUCAUUAUCAUGGAUUUUCGUGAUCUGUGAAAACUAAUGUAGUUUGUAAAACUAUAAGUUGAAUUUUACGAAAAAGAGAGAGAUAACUUAUAUCGAACAAUAAUCUAAAGUUGUUCUGUUGAAAUAAUUGAGCAUCACCUACAGUUGAAAAACAGGCGACCAUUUGCUUCCUCCAAUCCCGCAGGCUGUCUAUGCUAAGUUUAACGUUAACAUAUUAGAUGCAGGUAACAAAUGAUUUUGUUUAACAUGUAACGCUCUAUUAUUCACAUACGUUAGGGAAAAUACUUCAUUCUGCAACCGGUACUAUUUUCAAAUACUAUAUUUUUACUAUGGCGAAGAACUGAUUAGCAAUAGUGCAUCUACCUAGAUACUAAUAAGGAUAUGUAAACGGGAGAAUGUUUUGCAUAACGGUAAAAACUGUUGAGGCCUAUUUAUGUUUUGUUUGUAGGUCAUUUUAGUAAGAUUUCAUAAAAAUUUGUGCAAACUAGAUUAAUACUUAGGGGUCAGGUGCAGCACCGCUUCAGAAUGGCUGGUGUAGGAUUCUUACAGCAGUUGAGGCCCCGCUCGGCAGAGAAGAUUAGUUUGAAUGGGUCUUCGCAUCGCAUUCCCAGUUGCAGAACAAAUUGUAUCUACAACCUGAGUGUUAGGACGAGUGAGAACCUGGCCAAGCACAGACAGGCAUGGAAUGGCAUGAUCACGAUGUUGAGGCAGAAGAAGCACCAACGGGAAGAAUGGAAUCGUGAAGAGUUGGCUCUUACCAAUGAAGCGCAAUAGUUUUACGGAAAGAUUAAUCGAUCGAACAAGGGCUAUCAUCUGUCGCUUGAAGCCAGGCGUGGAGAUGAAGCAAGCAGACGCGCACAUCCACCGGGUUCGACGUUACGAGCGUCCCCCAACCAACUCCAGCUCGACACCAAUACCAUUUGUACUCCAACAUUCUCUGAUAGCUACAAUGUACUUUGGUUUAGCACUGUUGAUUAUGAAUCCCAACGUCGCUACUUCCAAUUUAAAGGCUAAAAAGCCUCUUCUUGAUUCUUGAGAUCUCGUGUUGGAGGUACCGUUCGUUUACCAGUUUGCUCUUCGUACUGCACCUUCCAAGCCAAUGUUGAAUAAAAAGUUGAGAGCGCAUUCCUCGCUUCAGCCCAUCCAACGGGAACGUCUAACAUGUGGACUGUGGUCUAACCUGCUAUUCUGACGCUUGAUUGGGAUCCUUCUAGUGUCGUUCGAAUGAGCUUUAUAAGUUUUGCUGGAAAACUAUGCUCAAGUAUUCAAAUCCAUCCAUCCAUCCUGUCUUGUGCUGAUGGCAAUACAACUUAACUACCGUUCGCAUUUCUAAACUAUAUGGGUCAUCCCUAGCAAUACUAACUUCUGCAUCAUCGAGAACUACCGACGAUGAAGUAUAUAUUCUUCAGCUCUAGGAUCAUUAUGUCUCUGUUUCGACGCCUAGUCGCUGUGAACAUUUGACUUCUGCUCCGGUUCUUCUGUUACUUUCUCACAUUCUAUACUUAGGGUGCUGGGUGGGUUCGUCUCCGAUGGGUCUUCGUCUACUUUCCCGACAUAGAACCGUUAAAGUUAACGAAUCUUAUACAAGGCUAUUAUUACCUACCAUCAUUAUACGUAUGUAAUAAAACCCACAUUACUUACUUCACUUACUUAUGUGCCCAAGUCCACCGGUCCGAUAAAACAAAGGGAUGAAAUCAGAGAUCUCCACUGCCAACGGUUACCCGCCAAGGCUUUCACCAAGGUCUACCUCUUCUACGCUGUGCUUGCGGAUACCAGUUAAGUGCUUCUCUGCAGAUCUUGUUCGCUCGUUUCCUCAAGGUGUGUCUGAUCCACUUCUACCACUUCCAAUUCGUGAAAUAACUGGGCGUUACACCCGACUUUCACGAGUAUAGCGUAUAGUAUAGCAAGGUGAGGAAUAACAAAGCCGCCGACAAAGGCUCUUCAGUUAUGGCAGAGAAACUCUUACUAGGCUACUGUAGUGGAUUAUUUUCCGGACCUGAAAGAAGCAAAUACUACCAAAAGGUAGCGGAUAAAGUGAGCUAUCCCCCCCUUCUUCCAAAAGUGGUGACAACCUAGAAUACUGCAACUAUCCUAUUUCGACGUCUAUAAUCGUAAGUCACGAGGCUCAUGGGCCAACGCUAAGUGGGUACACUGGGAGUCCUUAGUAUCGUGGACCAAAGUAUAUGAAUCUAUACAUUAAAUUUCUAAUUUCUAUUAAAAUUUCUACUUCAAGGUAUAUAAUGUAGUUGAGAAAAAAUAGCUAUAGCAGAUGAUUUACGAUAAUAAUGACAUCCUCUCGGAUAAACUUACUUGAUUGAAUAAGGUUCUCACGAAUCGUGCGAAUACAAAUCCGGCAGAACACUAAGACAAUGUAAUCCUCCUUUGUGCUUGCUGAUCAAAUUUGCUUUUAAACUUAUGGGAACGGUAGUCGUAUCGUUGAGUGGUACGAUUUUUUCGAAAGUGUUUCAACUUCUAGGCCCACCACCAGAUAAAAAGCCCACCAGAUAACCACCACCAUUAACCACCAGAUUAAAAGCGAAAGUUGGUUAACUGAAAUUAACACAGUCGAUGAUUUGUUUGAAUUGAAAAAUCAACAUGCUUCAAACCAAAUUCAGAAAACAUCAGAAUUAAUCCACAGAUGGUCACAUGGUCAUAUGGUCACGAUGUGUAAAUCAUGAAAAUAAAUGUUCCCAAAUUUGGUGCAAAAAUGUUUUGAACUACUGACGUUUGACCCCUCUGUUUGUAGUGCCGGUGCUAGAUCUGGAGCGUAUGUCCUCCGUAAGCAGCGUCAAAGCUUCAACACCACAAAGAACUAUUGGUCUAAAAAGGGUUCCGUAUAUUGUCAUCCUCAUAGGGCAAAGCAGGCCGGAUUUCCCACUUGAUGCGCCGUUGAAUCUUCUUACUAGUGUUGUCGUCUGCGGUCACCAGCGAUGCCAAAUGCACGAAAUCUUCUAUCAUUCUUGGUCGUCGCCGUCCGUAGGAUGCGUGCGUUUGCAUCCUUUGAGCCUUAUCCUCUCAUGUAUUUGGUCUUAUCCCGACGCAUCUAGACUUCGCUUUCAGUCUGGCGCAGAUUGCUUCCGCCGUCGCAAAUUUCCUGGUUAUCAGGCUUGGCAUACACUUUUCGCUUCGAUUUUGCUCUUUUGAUUACUGCUUCUCAGCCAAGCAAAAUUUGAAAAAGUGAUGUAUGGGGUGUGUGUAGAAUUUGUUAUAAUCUACAAUAUUGCUGAAGGAAGCAUUACUGUGCAUUUUGUAUUUAUGGCGCUAUAAGGCUGCUACCCUCUUGGUAGCUAAAAGAGCGCUCUUUUUGCUACAAACGGCGCUGCUACCGUACAACGCCGUAAAUACUAAAGAUAAAGCUUCACUUUCUUCAGCAAUAUUAUAGAUAAUUACUAGCUCUAUAAAUGCCCCAUAUACCACUUUUUCAAAUUCUGUUUGGCUGAGGAGCAGUAAUCAAAAGAGCAAAAUCAAAGCGAAAAGUGUAUGCCAAGCCUGCUGGUUAUGAUAUGAAAGUCAUCUGCAAAAACCAGGAGUUGGCUAGUUUUACUGAAAAUCAUGCCUCUCGUUUUGAUUCCCACUUGUCCCCCGUCAAAAACGAUGUUGAAAAACAUGUAGGAUAAGCCGUCACUUUGUCUUAAUCCUCGACGCGGCUGUUCCCGAGAUGCGCACGAAUCGCGUUAUUCAAUGUAGCUCUGAUCAGUUGGUCCGGAAACCUGUGUUCGUGCAUUAUUUUCCAUAGCUGGUUUCGAUCGACGGUAUCGUAUGCUGCUUUGAAGUCAAUCAAUAAAGAUGUGUGGUAGUCCUUUUUUGUAUGGAUAUUGUCACUACGACCAGCAUGUUGAUCUAUUGUGAUAUCAUCCAGGUGUUGUUCCGCACUUCAUUAUUUUUGCAGUAUCGCUAUAGAGUGAGGGAAAAUUGCUUAUUAUCCGUGCUUAAGUGUCGGUGUUUUCACUCUUUUUUUCCGUCUACGCUUCUUACUACUUUUCAACUAAUCUAACUAGAGCCAGGGAGUGCGGAUACUAAUUGUAAUUUGCCCUUGAACAAGAGGCUUCAUCCAUACCUCAAGCAAGUUCCACUCUUAUAACUUGCCCUGGCAAGAGGCUCCGUUAUUAGUAAAUGCAGAAUUCAGGAAGAAGGAUGUGUAGGAUCGUGAGAAUAAACCCAUGCUAAAGUCACUUAACAUCGAAUGGCCUGAUUCUACUAAGAUUUGAACCCCCGACCACUCGCUUGUCAAGGCAGAUUCGGUAAGCUUACGGCUACAGGACUCCCGUGGUAGGGCUUCCAUGAAGCCCGCCCUACGACACCUUGUUAUAUCGGUGGCAGCCGCCGUAACAGUAUCUGGGAGAGCUCUUUUUAGGCGGCGUUUACGAAACCGCUUAGUUGGUUUCGAAGUACGAUGCUGGUCCAACAAACCUAAAUGUCAAACCUAAACAAACCUAAAUGGCUCUUACGUUGCACAAAAAAAUUUAUUUGUUAAACCUAAAUGGGGCUGCUAAAUGUCGACCAGCAUUUGAAAAGCGCGGAUAAGCCAACUGUCAAACAGAAUGAGAGAGAGUUAUUUUUUGCUAGAGCAGCAUAGGAAAAUGAACUCUCACUCGUUCUGUUUGACAGUUGGCUUAUCCGCCCUUUUCAAAUGAUGGUCGACAAAUAGAGUCAGUAGGAUUGUUUCACUAGCCCCGUGACUGUCCUGUACUGUAAUCAGAGCCGUAGCGUAACAUUGUGGCGCCUUUGGCGGAAACCAAAUUUGGUUCCCCCUUGUUUCUUAAAUCAGUGUUCCUUCUAAAAAUUCUUCGACGUUCAGCAAGCGAUUCACCAGAACCAUCGCUAUGGUGGAACAAAAGAUAGAUAGAUGUCGGUAUACUCAACUCUUGUACCUCUAACUCGUGGCCUUGUAGAUCAGCUCUUCCUUCGUUUGAGCUCAGCCCAAAAAUAUUCUAUUGGUCGCAGUUGGGGGACGUUGGGAGAGUUGGUUAUCAUCGGUACAACGAUUAUCUUCAGCCGGUUCAGCUCCAUCUGUGAUCUGUUGGCACGAUGAGCCAAGGCCUGGUCCGCCCAAAAGGUUCCAAA